AUGUCACUUGGAUGGGCUUUCAUCGCGUACUCAUUCCAUCACAAGAUUUGGGAUGUUCCCCGGUCAAAGCAGCGGGUACUCGACUGGAGCUUUCUCGAUGAGAAGGACGGGCCCUCCACUGUUGCUGAGACCCCCACACUUCACCUUGACCCGGCGAAUGCGCUAUACGAUGAAUUUCCGCUCGCGCCGGACAAUAGCCAGAUACGGCUUUUGCAACUCAAGGCUGGAGUCGGUGACGAUCCUAUCACCUGCUUUUUGGAAGUUGUCGAUCUCGAAGGCUGUCCUGAAUACGAUGCACUCUCAUAUGUGUGGGGUGACCCUGGGGUGCCCGAAUCUAUCACACUACAUGGCAAGCAACACGACGUUACCAUAAACCUCUACGACGCUUUGAAGAGAUUGAGGCAGCCAGACAAGCAUCGACGCUUGUGGAUUGAUGCUCUGUGCAUCAACCAAGGAGAUACAAAGGAGAAAGAAUGCCAGAUAGGGCUAAUGGAUAAGAUAUAUUCCAGAGCGAAGGAGGUUUGCAUGUGGCUUGGAGAG